GCAACUUCUGUGGGAAAGGCUUCAACGACACCUUCGACCUCAAGAGACACGUACGCACACACACAGGAGUGCGUCCCUAUAAGUGCACGCUGUGUGAAAAGGCGUUCACCCAGCGCUGCUCCCUGGAGUCCCACAUGAAGAAGAUCCACAGCGUGGCGCAGAAGUACGCCUACAAGGAGCGCCGCAACAAGCUGUACGUCUGCGAGGAAUGCGGCCUGACGUCAGGGUCCCAGGACGAGCUGGUCAUCCACCUGAACUCACUGCACCCCGACAGCGCCUUGCUCAAGGGCAAGGCAGCGAGGAUGGCAGGGGGAGGCGGAGAGGAGGAGUCUUCUCCUGGAUCUCCUCAUGGAGCCGAGAGCGACGAUACCACUGGAUCCGCUGGGCAGUGAGAGGAGAGGCGGGAAAAUCAUUCAACUCAGGACAAAAUGGACUCCAACGUGAUGAAAGAGGCGGGAGGAGUUCAUGUGUGAAUGUGUUUCUGUAUAUAUCACGAUGA